GUCGCACCCGCUCGCCAUUGAUCUUCGCCCUCGCUCGCUGUCGGGCAUGGCUGCCCAAAUUGCUAUUCACGACAUGCAAGCUGCGAUCCAAGACAACCCUGUUCUUGCUCACAAGCGCAAUGCAGCCAUGAUGGAAGAGGGCAGGUACGAGGAUCCCAGCAUCGCAAGUCUGCCGUCCUUCGACAAGAAUGCAUGGUACUACCCUUCUCAUGGCUAUGAGGAUACCGGAGUACGGUUCACAUCCCCGCGGGGCAAUUGGGGACGCAAGAUGGUGCAUGACGCCCGAUGGGUGCGUAGAGACAAAAUUGCCCCGUGGGCACCAGGGGUUGAGGAUUGGGAGGCAGAAGAGCGUGCCAGGAAGCGUAUCAAGCUCUUGUUGCCACCCCGGGACCGCUCGCCCUCACCGUCCAUUAUCCUGCCCCACCUACGCUCACCCUCACCACCCAUCACGGCACCGUAUCCCACACCUACCACUCAGCAUUUUUCUUAUACAUCCUUUGUCAUGGACAAGGCAGUGACGAGCUCCUUCCGGUCCCGGCUCCUCGAUGAACUAGAGGGCGCGACCAAUAGCCUCAUCGAAGGCGAAGCAGCAGUACGACGUGCCCUUGGUCGGCUCUGGCAAGCUAUGAGCGAGGAUCCAGACCAGAUUCCUGGCAAUGCACCGGUGGUGCUUAAACGCGAGGACGAGGGUGAUGGGGAAGACGAGCAGGGGCGCAGACUGGCGAGAGCACCAGACCUGAUGCCUGUGGUCCACAAGCUCUUCCUGCAACCAGCGGUGGACAGGACGACACCAGCAUACGAUGCUAUCCCAUUUACUCACCCAGACAUCCAGCUGGAUAGCAUGGAGAAGUCACUAGCGACUUUGCGGGAGUUGCAGGAUGAUGGGCGAGAGUACGCUGAGCGCUUGGAGGAAAUCCGAGACGGGUUGGGGGAUGUGCGGAUACAGAGGAACGGUGUAUGGGAUUUGGUUCGCAGAAAGGCUCUCGCAGAGUUACAAGAAGCAGCGGCGCACUCUGCUGUCUCCAUGUAAGGUACGGCUACACUGUAUAUCGUGUAUGGUUGUUAUCAGUAUACCCCGUAAAGACCUGCUGGGUUCAGGCAGACCACAAUGGCGAAUCACACCACGUAGAGUGUAGGAACACAUCGAGUACGUUGGUCUAGUACAGGGACGCGGGAAGUUCUGUGGUG